AAUUUUAUCGCAUUUAUUUCAUUCGUUCCGGUUUCUUUCCCCAGAGAGUCGUCAUUACAACUUCCUCCUGUCUCGUGGUUUCUAACGUAUGUCACCUGCAAGUGGUGGGAGAUGUUAUCUGUGACAUUUUUCGAUAUUCAUCUACCCUAAAAGUUUGAAAAUGCAACAUUUCUCCCAGAUGUGAUCAUUAGGUGACAAAAAAUGAUUACCUUAGGAGAGGGUAAUGCCGAAGGGCUUGUGUCGUACGUACGCUGUCCCUCUAAUGCACACAAUAGCCUUAGUAAUACAACAGAUAAAUGGGUAGCACGCCAAAAGAUGCCCAGGACGUCCAAAACGUCGUUCAGGAAAUAGAAACCUACGCCUGCCUAUAGUAGUAAUCGAGUUUACAUGCACCCCUGCUAUUCCGAAACAACGCCCUCUCCACCAAAGGUUAUCUGGAUAAUUUUAUUUCAGGAAUCAGGGCCGAACAACGAAGUUCUUACCUUAAAGGAUUACCAUGUUCAACCCAACAGCAGAAUAUAUUUAUUGGUACUGUUGUAUGCAAUUCCAGAUAGAUUUAACCAGGUUAUCUUCAAUCUUUUAUGGGAAUAUCCGGAGAGUGGCCGUGACUACCUGGAUGCUUCGGUAUUGCUAUACAGUGGAACAAAUUUUGUAGACGUGAUUGAUUUUAGCAAUAGAGAAAGUAAGUCAUGUCCAGGAGUCCAGCAUUCUGGCGAUGUGGUGGAUGAUGACGAGCAAUCGGGUCAUCACACCAUACAUGUGUCAAUCAAAUCGAUUCCGUCUCAUAUCAACAAGCUGAUUUUCACCUUGAGCUCGUGGCAUUCUUCAAAUAUCUCGAAAUAUCCCAGUCUAAGCCUACGAUUCUUCGAUGCAAAGUUUCCUGACAAACAACUGUGCGACGAUAAAAUGAGUCAUGUCGCCUAUUCUCAAGCAAUCAUCAUGUGUUGUUUGAUUAACAGAGGAGGUGGGUGGAAGGUGUUCAGUUUGAAGAGACCCUCCGCUGGUAACGUUUUGAAUUAUCGUCAAAUAAAAAGCACUAGUAUGGCUCUUAUAGAAAAGGGUUACAUAUAAAGGGUUGUUUUGCUUAAACUAAACGACUAUUUGGUUAUUUUGACACUUUCUUGGGUUUUUGACGUGUACGACCUAAAUAAAAUAUACUAUGUUAUAUUUUGGUGGAAAGAAAAGCGUUUGGCGUUCAGUCUGCCCUUAACACUUUUACCAAAUCUUGCAUGCGCGCGGCGUAUUUAGAAUUAAAAUUACUUUUAUUCAACAAUUUUCUGCAAAAUUAAUUUUUCUGCAACUUCAUUAUCGACGAAUUAAUUAGGUAUUGAUUUCACUAAAUGCAACGAAAGGUAAACCAUGUAAAAUCAAUU